AUGAGCAGCACCAAAUUUAAUGGAAAUGUGCCGCGGAAAGACAAUAACGUAAAAGACGAGUGGAGUGCAUACGAAAAUUAUGGUGCUGGACAUGGAAAGAAUAACCAUGUCUGUGUGCACAUCCACAAUAACAUACACAUUUUUUACAACCCUGGUAACAAUUUAUGUAGCAUCGAUAGGGUUAUAAGUGCGUCUAACAAUAAGGUAAUAAACUUGGGUAUAUUUCAGAAUGAAGGAAGAGAUGUGCAAGAUAUUGGAAGAGUAAAAAACAACUUCCACUUUAACAAUUCAAACGAGUUAUACAGGGACAUUGGGUUGCUUGUGUUGGAUAGUUGGUUCGACAGUAGUGGCGCAAAUGUUCAGGGUUGGGACGGAGCGGGUUGCAUUAGUGAUAUGGUUCAGAGGUACUUUACCACGUCCAGUUGCAACAAAAGUGGUGUUAACUGCAGUCACAACUGUGCCCCAUCCAAUGACGCCAUCAUGUGCGGUCAUACCAACCAAAACAGUAGACUCGAAUUCGCCUCUUCUCAGCAGAACACUGCAACUAACAGAAUAAUGUUAGAAGACUUUAGCGCCCCCAGGAAUAAUAACAACAAGGAGUACCUGGAAAAGGAACACUCUACUAAUAAACUCAAUUUUUAUGAUAAUGACUCGAGCGGGAAGAGUUCAAAGUUGACGGAAAAGUACCAUCAGUUCAGCAACAACCAUGGUGGCAGCAGAAUUGCCGUUCUGAAAAAGAAAGGAGGGGGUGAUGUGAAAUUGCAAAGUGCACAUAGGGGUGGACCUCACGAGGGGGGUAAGCAUACACAAAUUGUUAACAUUCCUCCUGGAAACUAUCUCCAAGACAGAAGUGAUUGUGCAAUGCCGAAAUUGGAAAGUGGGAAGAGAAACUUAAGUUAUAACAGCGCCAUCGACGCUUUCGUGAGCGGAGAAUAUGUUAGUUGUGAAGAAUUCCGCUGCGAAGUGGAUGGUUUACAAGAGCAUUCCAACAUAGGGGGGUUUGAUUGUGCAUAUAAUUUUUCGGACACCGGGAAGAGGUCCAACUCCUUCGGAAAAAGGAAAAUUACACAAGGCAACUUGGCGCAUAGUGCUGCCACAAAGUGCAGCUUGACAAGGAGGGACAAGUGGGAUAAUAGCAGGAAAGUACAGGAGCAGGGGGAAAUACUUUCCCCACGGAAAUGGUGCGAGGUGGUAAGUUUCCCAAGUGGUAAUAACCCCGAAGGAAAUGGCACAUGGGAAAAAAUAGAGAAAGGGGAAUUUCAAAAAAAUAGCAUUGACGAAGAUACAAAUGGGGGAGAAAAAAUGACGUACUCUGGUGAAGAGGUAAUAAAGAAGGUGAACUUGUCCGGUACUCACCAUGGCCAUAUUCCUGAGGAAAAAAAAAAAAAAAAAUGCCCAGAUAGCGAAAAUGGGUCUUACAAGCUAAAUGGUGGAAGAAAAGGGGGGAAUGGUUCUAUACAGGGCAUCAAAAUAAAGGAGAAGAGCAACACCGCACAGGGGUGUGACGAUAAUUUAAUUUAUAAUUGGGCGUUCGACCUGUUUGAAGAUGGCAAAUUAAGUUAUGACCGUGUGUGCAAAUUUGAUGAUAGUCAAAAUUGCCUGAACGGGUCAGGUGAAAGUUUUUACACAAAUGGCUUGAUCAAGUCAGGCGAUAGCUUCCACAAAAGUUGCACAAACAAGUCAGGUGGAGGCUGUCGUACGAAUGACCCAAAAGGAAGCGGAAACAUCGAGAACCACGACAUGGAAAGCAGAAUCCGCAGUAUACGCAGUGAGAAGUACCCCAGGGGGGAUUACGCAAACAGUAGAAUUGACAAUAGUUGGAAGGAAGUGUUACCUGGAAAGGGCGAGGAAUAUUUUUACUUUGAGCAAAAUGGAUGGAAGGAAGAUAAUUUUUACCUGAACAGUCAUAAUUUUGAGCGCAUUUUUAAUAAAAGUGCAAGUGAGAAAAGUUCACAUGGCUGCUACGGAAAAGAUUUGCACAAUGGCGGAUGGACAGAGAGUCCAUUUUGCAAAAAUGACAAGACGUACAAUGAGAACAUUUGCACACGCGAGGAAGAUACAUACGUUGAAAAGAAAAAAAAAAAUAUUUGUGAGGAAAAAAUAAAGAACGCAAAAAUUGACAUGUUAAAAAAAACAACGGCAUACGACCAAGUGCCACCAUCAAAUCGCGUUUUCACAGAUGCCUACAUCAAUAAACAAAUAAAUGCUAUUUUUGGAGAUCUUAAAAAAGACGGUGAUUUAAGUAAAGAUAAUAUUGCACAAUUGGUUCAUGGGAGUUCUGUGAGGGAAACAAAUUUUCUAUUUCGAAAAAGUAUUGAUAUGGAAAUUGAGACAAAGGAAAAUAUGAAAUAUAACCCCACCACGCUUUUGGGAAAAAAUCAAUUUUCAGGAAAUAAUUUUAGCCAUGGAAAUUACGACAAUUCGAAAAAAUUAAAUGGUGACAAUAACAACAGACUGACGUUUAACGUGGCGCAAUAUUUCUUGGAGGAUAGCAAGCACGAUAAUUUUUCGUGCAAAAGCAUUAACGUUGGGCCAUAUGGAAGUAGAAUGUUUACCACCGCCACUACCGUCGAAGGACAAGGGCAGGGAAAUGACUUACAUGAUUUUUUACACUUUUGUGAUCAGAGUCAAGUUGGAAGUAAAGCGAAAGAAUUCCAAUUAUAUGACUUGCUCGAAAAUUAUGACAGAAGCAAUUAUACUAUUCCAAAUGAGAAAUCAACUCAGGAUGAAUUUGUGGAGAUUUAUGAUAGCAUUAAUGGCACAGGAAGGAAGGAAACUAAGAACAUAAAUGAUGAAUUUCUUGAGAUUAGUCAGCAUGAAGAAAAUUCAAUCUUGCACGUCGAAGAUGAAUUUGUACACAUUCGUGAAAAAUCACAGAGCAGUGGAGCUGGUCCCCAGGAGGAUGAAUUUGUAGACAUAUACGACAAAAUUGUUAGCGCCAACAGUGCACAGGUUGAUGAGUUUUUGGAUAUCUGUGGUAGGGAGGAGAGGUUUCAGCAGUUGCGGCAGGGGCAGCAGGAGCAUGGAGGUUGGGGAGAGGAAGUGGUUGGAAACGCUGAGAGGAAGUGCGUGGAGAAGGCAGAUCACCAUGAAGGUGGGAAAAGCGGGCAAAGUGAGCAGAGCGACAAACAGCGCCAAAGCGGGGGAAAUCACUUUACAUCCAGCUACAAUGCUAGGAAGAAGGUUAGGCAAAGUGAACUCCCCGAUCCGUUGGAAGAUUUUCCCCAGGGAAAUAAAAGCUCAAUGAGAGAGAGACUCCAAAGUUACUCUUCAUUCACGUAUGCUUCUGGGAAGGAAGUGAACAUAAAUAAAGACGUGCUGAACAGAAUGAGGAAGAAACUGUUCGGGGAUGAUGAUGAUGAUGAGGGAGAAAGGUGUAUUACGGGGGAGGCAAUUCCGACCGAGGGAAGCACCGAAGUCAGACCUAGUGACAGUAACAAUAGCUCAUUUAGGAGCGUGAAUUUGUCCAGUGAAGGAGCCCCCACGAGGAAUGGGAAGGAGCACAAAUCAUUCACGUACGCCUCUGGUAAGGAAGUGAACAUUAACAAGGACGUGCUGAACCGGAUGCGCGAGACACUAUUCGGGGAUGAGGGCGUCGUCAGCGGAAACACUAAUAAUAGUAGCAACAAUAUCAGUAACAGCAGUAAGAGCGGUAACAAUGACAUUGUGGGCAUGAAGGAGAAACAACUCGGUUCCUUUGCGUAUGCCUCCGGGAAGAAAAUCAGCAUAGACAGGGAUGUGCUUAACAGGAUGCGGGAGACACUAUUCGGGGAUGACGAGCACCAUAAGGACGACAGCGUUUGUACAGACAACUUGAGAGAGAGAAAAAAACACGUAGAUCUCAAUAUUCGAAAUGGGGACAAAAUUGCAAACAGAAAUGAGCAUCAGUUGGAAUAUGCCCGUCUCACGUUAGCACAACCGUCGGGGGGGGAAGAAGACGGAGGAGUGAAGGAAGGGGAAGAGGCAGUUAUGGAGAACCAAGGAAAGGGGAAGCUGUCUGAGUUCAAGGAUCCAGAGUCGAAGGGCAUCAAAGUGGAGUGUACACAGAAGAGCAUUCCUCCAGGAGAGAGGAACCAUACAGGAGUCACCCUUCACGAAGGGGGAAGCGUAAAAGAAGGGGAACUGUACGAAUCGGACGGUUACAACGAAAUUAUAAACACGCAGAUGAAUCUAUUGCACAAUACAGAAUAUAAGGGCACCUGUGCAAAGGGUAGGAACGUUUCAAAGAAGAGAGUGGGAAGACAAAUGUUGAGGAGUGAUGUGAAGGGGAAAAAUAAUUUUGUUAACCCGAGGAAGCGUAAGUUAAGCGUAGAAACGGGCCGGGCGGAGUGGGUUCACGAAAGGGGAAGAACCAAUCACAAGAAUAAGAUGAAUAUCACUUCCUUUGGUAAGAGAAAUAAGGAACUCGAUUUAAAUCUCAACCUAAGGGACCACCUGAAACUGAUAAGGGACAUAUACACCCUUUUGGCCAAAGGAAAAAAGUUAAAAGGAAACAGAAGAUUGACAAACACCCUCAUAUACCUGAAUGAAAAUAAACGAGGGUAUACAUUUAACUGGUACGCCAAUGAUUAUUUGUAUUUUCUGAAAAAUGAAGAACUGAAUGAGUACUACACUGCUGAUGUGUCUAUCUUGUACGAGCUGUUCGUGCUGAUAACGAAGCAGCUUAACAUCUUCCAUUCGUAUGAUUUUUCCUGGUUUUCAAAGAAGUACAAAUUGGUAACCAUGACCCUGGUGCGUAGGUACAAGAAGGACCUCCGAAGGAGGUACAGAAUACUGCGUGAUGGGGUAUCAAAGGAUAGGGGGCAAAAGUUCCCUCCCCCCAAGUAUCCAUUUUACACAUGUAAAUUUGGACAAAGAAUGGGAAGGUCCACCCAGUCAAUGCUCACCCUUCAAAUCAUCGACGAGGUGGAGCCGCCAUGCCCAAUAGAAUUCAUGUUCAAAUUGCUGAAACGAUAUGUGGAGGAAAGAAAGAACAAAAAGUCCAUCCUCCAGAAGAUGCAGGAUAACGCAGUUUCAUGCAAAGUCCCUGUAAAUCUGCGAGUGGAGAAAAUUAUAAAAAGCAGAGGGAAUCAAUUUGUUUUAAUUUUGAGUGACAACUUUGAGUACAUAUAUUGCACUGCGAAAGAUUCUUAUUUAAAAAAGAUAAUAAAGACAAAUAUAAUAAAGGAAGGCAAUGUGUUAAGAAUUAAUGCGCUAGAUUUGCAUAAGCAGACAGAGAAUCAAACUGAGAGUGAGCUCUGGCAUAAGGGCGUCAUGUUAUGUACCCUUUCUAGUAACGAUUUGGUCGAAGUAGAUCGACAGAAUAAUCUCAAAGUAGGGAUGACAAAAUAUAGGGCGAAAAGAAUUAAGCAUAUUGAGCACUGUGGAAACUCUUGCUUCUUUGUAGAUGUCAUAAUUAUCAGUAAGAGUGAAUUUUCCUAUGGGUUCUAUGAUUCGGUAAAGGGGAAGUACUACCUGUUACCUAGCAAUGUGUAUGAGAAGAUUAUCUACAAUUUGAAGCACGAAAUGAGCGAGUUACUCCAGGAGGAAAACUUUCAGGAGGAUGAUCGAUACACCAAAGUGAAGGACGACUUAAAUAUGUUCUUGGAGGCCACUUCCUUUUGCACCGUGCAUGCCAUAGACUUUGCGGCCUGCGAACGGAUCAGGGGGUGGACAUCCCUGGAUGAUAAGAUCGAGCAUGUCAUCAAUUCGUUGUGUCGAGUGAAGCUCUUCCGAAUGGAUAUGGAGACAUACGAAAAUCUACAGCGGGGGAAGCGGAUACAGCUGUUCAACGUGCACGUACAGAAGUUAGGAAGGAACAACAAAUUCAGCCAAGUGGUGGGUGAGGACAUGGAGGAUUUUAUUUAUGAGACAUUCCAGGGGGAAAACAUAGCUGACCAGAUGAAGAGAGCAGUGAAUUAUAACUCCUUUGAAUCUCACUUUUUUAAGGAAGAGAUGGAGAGCAGAAAUGGAGCUAGGGAAGGAAGUUACCGAGAUGACUACCUGGAUGGCUACACGCAGAACCCAUUCAGGGGGUUCCUGAAGAGAGGUAAAAAGUACACGCCCAUAAUCCUUCAAGGGACGCAAGCGACGUACAUCAAUGUGGAUGAUAAGUAUAGGAGCAAAUUGUUUGAAGAGCUUAACGACAUGGUGAUCUUGCAAAAUAAUGCACAGGGGAACAGAGCUAGAAGGGAAAGUCAAAUAGGACAUGAAGGGAAAGAGCAGCAGAUUUGCUACCCAGCGUUCAUCUAUACGAACGUUUUUAAAAUCCCCGUUUUAUCCAGAAUCCACAUGGAUCUUUUGAGAAAUUACGCUAAGAUAAAUGGGAGAGGCAGAAGUUUCUACUACGAUUUAAUUCAGGGCAAUUUCUACACUCUCUCGGGGGUUAUAGUGCACUAUACGGAUGUCGAAAUGAAGGAAGUUACCGGCUAUGCGUGCCCUGAAGGAAAGAAGAACAAUUUAUUUUACCAAGUUUUUCUCCUAACUUCCAACGGAAAUCUGUGCUGUGUAAACAUUUCGAUGAUUUCGCCAGACUCCUUAAUAUCGACAUACAGGAAAGAUUUCGAGUGCAAGGAGAGAGAAAUGAUUAAAAGGAUGAUUGACGUACGGCAUGUAGAUCCUAACGGGGAGAAGGGAGAACAUAAAAAAGGGCAAGGGGACAACAAAAGUGUUGGUAGCAGUAGCAUGAACAAUUUGUACAGUUACUUGUACAAGGUAGAAAGGAAGAACAGGGAGAGUGCAUCCGAAGAAGACGUGGACAGCAAGAACAUUGAUGUUUUUAUAUUUUUUAAAGAUGUGGAGUUUAUAAAUUAUGAUGAGAAGUACGACAUUUAUAACUUCCGAUCAUACAAUCACCCGCACUUUCAAGUUCCGAGGUUGUACUCAAACGAGUUUGAAUAUACAAGGAGGAGUAUAGCCGAGUUAAUCAGAGGAAAGUACAUCGAAUGUGAAAAGAAUAGACUAGUCGUGAAACUAACAGGAAGCUUGAAAAUAAAAAUCGGAAAAGACAAUCUGCCCCAUAUGCAUUUCUUCUAUUUACUUAUUUACUCAAAAUCGAAAUCCAUUGAAUUGACUGGAGUUCAUGUUAAGGACAAUUACUUAUCCACCUUUUUGGAGAACAUGUGGACUGUGUUUGUUAAGUAA